AGCACGCACCACACACCACACGACAGCGUACUUGCACUUGUCGAGCGUCGUGCACAAGCACGCAAGUGCCCCUCGACACAACAGCAACCACAACAACAACAACAACCACAACCAUAGCGAGCAUAUUUGAGUGCCUGCUGUCAUCCUCCCAGCCCGCGCGCGCAUUGCCAUGGCGCUGUUCUAUCGACAGGAGGUGCUGGGCAAAGAGUCGCCCCUUUUCCUGGCCUGGCACGCUGGUAUCAUUGGCUGCAAAGGCAUCAGCCGCACGAAACUGCAAUCCCUUGACAUUGUCAUGAUGUGCACGGAAGUAUCAGGGUCUAAACUGGCUGUCCGAAUCACAGGAACCCUCAUGAAGGGCGUGUGUCUUCUCUUUGCCCAACAAUGUCGAAUGACCCUUGCCUCUGCAGAGACGCUGCGCGCCAACUGUCGCAUCCGUUUUGUGACAGAUAUCGCCGCUGUGACGAAGAAGCGCGGGCUCGUUGCUAACCUGCACACAAUCACACUUCAUGAUGCGAUGGACAGCGAUGACGACGACUUCUUGCUCCUCGAACCAGAGACACUCGAUGCAUUUGCUCAGGACUUUGAGACAGAGCACGAGCAGAUACAUCACCACCACCACCAGCAGCAAGAGGCGCUGGCUCUGCCGUGGACAGGUGGCUCCUUUACGCUCACUGAAGCCGAGCGAUCAUCCCUCUUCCUCGAUGAUGAUGUUGUACCUGACAGCGAGCUUGUGGAUCACAAGCAAUAUCAGGUUGCUUCGCAUGACCAGAUCCGUCUCGUGACACCGGAACAAGGGCGGGCAGUCACGCCACUCUCGAGUCUGAGCACAACGCCUGAAGACGUGUUUGCUGUUCUCACCGCAGACGCACUCGCAGACACCGCGCUCAGCAUUGCACGGUCAGCGGAUGAUGAUCCGCUCACACACAUCGUGCCGAGCCCCGCGUUUGCCCGCGCACCGCGCUCCCCACACCGUCGUCACGCUGACAGCAACAGCCCAGGCAAACGCAACCAUAGUGGCAGUGGUGGUGGCGGUGGUGGACGAAGGCAGGCGAUGGGUGUCGUGGCCUCAGCGCUGGUGGAUGGCGGUGACGCUGCCGUGAUUCAGCAGCACAUGCACGCUUCUCAUCAUCAGCAGCAGCAGUUUGGGGAGGCGGAUGAUAUGGGCGGGUACCCUGAUGAUGGUGUCAAUGACAACGACGACGACAAUGACAACGAUGACGACGAUGGCAACGGUCGUGGCUUAGGAGACAACGACGCUGGUGGUGGUGGCAGCGGUGGUGGUGUGAGCCCACACGUCGCGCAGGUGCCACUGCAGCACCAACCCCUCGCUGUCGCCAAGCAUGGUCACAACAACAGUGCUGCCGCUUCUGCGAGUGGCGCGACGGCAACCAUCACGGACGUGGCUUCCUUGACAGCAGGCACCGUGUAUGAGCAAGUGCAAACCAGCGGGCAAGCAAGCAGCCACCCGCCACCACUGUCAGCGCCAAUGUCAUCAUCGCCAUCGUCACCGACAUCAUCCUCUGCCGCUGCGAGCACAGCCGCCAGCCCGACACAACAGCACAAGAAGCGGCGCAGGCGAAAAUUGAAGGUCGACCACACCCUCGCAUUCAGUGAUGAUGUCAUGUAUGAACAGACCAUGUCAGACGCCUGGGAAACGCUCCAUCUGCGCUCCCACAUGCUCACUGCCAUGCCAGCCAGCUCUGCGUUCCGCUAUCGCAUGGCCGUGCAGAGCUUGGCAACAGUCCCAUGGCACAGGAGAGGGACACACAUCACUCAGCGAGGCACACGAGCACGAAUUCAGAACCGACUGGCCCUGGGCAUCGACGCUUUACGAGAGCGAUACGCGGCCAAAAGGAAUGCAAACUAUCUGAACAGCGGCGACGACGACGACGACGAUCAUGAGGCGGCAGGCGUCGAAGGCGACCGAAGCGCCAGUGAUGAUGACAAUGAUGAUGACCAUGCGGAUGAUGGCGAUCGGGCAGAUAUGAAUCAAGAGCAGCAGCAACAGCAAGGUUUGGGUGACGUCUCGGCAGUGGAAGCGAAUAGCGCCCUCCCACUUGAUGACCCAGAAGUCGGCCGCGCCUCCCCAACAUCGUCGCCGCGAUCGGUCCCUCGUCCGUGGCAGAGCCCGGCGUUUUCGCUGACGGGCGCACGGAGCAUUGAGCGCGCGCGUCACAGCCGUCGCGAGUCCGCACUCUCGUCGGGACUUCGUAGCGUCCGUUCAGCUGCUGGCGGCAGCGGCAGUGAUGGUGAUGCUGGUGAUGGUGGUGAUGGUGGUGAUGGUGGAGAUGGUGGAGAUGGUGGUGAUGGUGAUGGGACACCGCGAAGUCGCGCACGCUCUCUUGCGGCUGUAUUUGAGGCGGCAGCGGCUCAAGAACAGCAGAGCAAUGUGUUUGGCACUGCCCCAAGCCAGACAGAGGCAACCAGCCUUCUUGGAGUGAACCCACUCGACGACUCCACAGUGGAUAUGGAUGCUGUGGUACGAAACGCGCCUGAUGUCCUCAAAGAAAUCGAGAUGCUGGACACCAUCACGGAGGAAGGCAAGGAGUUUCUUGGGUAUGUUGUUGAGCUUGGUCAGCAGAAGAAGGCCGCAGUCUCCUUUCAAGAGGUGCUCGGCACCGCCCCGACGAAGUUCAUUGCUGCGUCUGGCUUGUCGCACGUGCUGCAUCUUGCUGGUGCCGGGCUCUUGCAGGUCGAACAGAGCCUAGCGUUUGCCGACAUUGUCAUGCAGGGUGACUGGUGAAGCGAUAUUGCUGUUCCUGCUGUUCCUGCUGCUGCUGCUGCUGCUGCUGCUGCUGCUGCUGCUGCUGA